UUGUAAACACAAAAAAACUACUUUAAACUAUUUAAUUUAAUUUAGUUUAAAAAAAAAUAUGGAAAGAUAUUCCACACCUAUAAUAGGGCCAAGCUUUGCUGCCCUAUCAAAUGGAUCUGUAACAGAUAAGGUUACACCCGAUAUGGCCCAUUUAGUACAUCCAUACUGGAAUCAAUUUCCCGCUAUGGAUCCAAUGUGGGCUAAACUAUUGACUGCUUAUAUGAUUGUGAUUGGCUUAAUUUCAUGGUGCGGAAACGGUGUGGUGAUUUACAUAUUCUCCACAACCAAAUCUCUACGUACGCCUGCAAAUCUUUUAGUUAUUAAUCUAGCGAUAUCCGAUUUUGGCAUCAUGAUCACCAAUACUCCCAUGAUGGGCAUAAAUCUCUUCUACGAGACAUGGGUAUUGGGUCCAUUAAUGUGUGAUGUUUAUGCUGGUCUCGGCUCAGCAUUCGGUUGCAGCUCGAUAUUGUCGAUGUGUAUGAUCUCAUUGGAUCGUUAUAAUGUCAUUGUCAAAGGUAUGGCCGGACAGCCGAUGACCAUUAAAUUGGCCAUAAUGAAAAUUGCUUUAAUUUGGUUUAUGGCUAGUAUCUGGACAUUGGCGCCAAUAUUUGGCUGGAGCAGGUAUGUGCCAGAGGGUAAUUUGACUUCUUGCGGUAUUGAUUAUUUGGAACGUGAUUGGAAUCCUCGCUCUUAUUUGAUUUUCUAUUCGAUAUUUGUAUAUUAUCUGCCUUUGUUCUUGAUCUGCUAUUCCUAUUGGUUUAUCAUUGCGGCUGUAUCAGCUCACGAGAAAGCCAUGCGCGAACAAGCCAAGAAAAUGAAUGUCAAAUCUUUGCGUUCAUCUGAAGAUGCCGACAAGAGUGCCGAGGGCAAAUUGGCUAAAGUAGCUUUGGUUACCAUUUCCUUGUGGUUCAUGGCAUGGACUCCCUACACCAUUAUCAAUACAUUGGGUCUAUUCAAAUAUGAGGGACUCACCCCCUUGAAUACCAUCUGGGGAGCUUGCUUUGCCAAAUCGGCAGCCUGCUACAAUCCCAUUGUCUAUGGUAUCAGUCAUCCCAAAUACCGCAUUGCCUUGAAAGAGAAAUGUCCCUGCUGUGUCUUUGGCAAGGUUGAUGAUGGCAAAUCCAGUGAUGCCACCUCUCAGGCCACCAACAAUGAAUCCGAAACAAAGGCUUAAAUACGUAUGGCAUAUGGCCAACAGCACGACCACCACCUCCAGUACCAGUACCACCUCAAGUUUAAUUAAUAGGAACAUAUACUAAGUACUGUUUUAAAAUUAGCAACUGCAGCAACAGAACGAACGCUUUCGUAGUAAAUUUAUACUAUACUUACUAUACCUUAUACUAUUGUAGAUACAACUGUAUAGCAAAACUUUCAACUAUUUUUUGAUUGUUGUAUUUCUCAAGUAUUAAACCGAUUAUAUGUAUAUUAUUUUUA